AUGGAUCCCAGACGCAGCAUGAUUAGACGUGCAGACCCAGCGUCACUCUCCUCCACCACCUUCGCCACCUGGUCUCAACCCACUGGGCAGGACUGCCCGAGCCGUGUUACAUAUCAGGGCUUCUGGUGGCUAAGAGAUGAUUUCUUUGCUGGAGUUUGGGAAGCAGAUCGCAGAAGCGAUUGUUCUACCAAGAUUCCCCCACGGGCUCGUAUCGACAGAUGGGCUCACAUCUACAGCCAAAGCAGCUAUAUCUCCGCGUACAUCUAUGAAUGA